GGGAGAUGCGUGCGUGAAAGAAAAAGACCUGACGUCACGUGACCGCCUCUUACUCCCGGACCGACCAUCAUCUGAGGAUAAAGACACUUCAUUUGUCCCAUCGAGCGCCACGUUCCUCUGGUGUGAAUCCGUAGGAUGCUUUUUAAACGAAACGGGAUUGUGGCGACAUUGUUGCACUGAAGCGUCUGGUUUUCAAGGCAGCUGGUGUUGAAGUUUGCGAGUCUUUUUGCAAGUGGAGGAAAUUACUGAGCGGUCAUCAUGGCAGAAAACAACUUCCCUCCCCUGCCUCGAUUCAUCCCCCUCAAGCCAUGCUUCUACCAAGACUUCAAUGAGAUCCCAGACCAGCGUCGCACCAUGUGCAAGAGGCUCUACUACCUGUGGAUCUUGAACAGCGCCACACUGGCUGUGAAUCUGAUUGGCUGUCUGGCAUGGAUGUGCGGAGGUGGUGGAGCGACCAACUUCGGCAUGGCCUUCCUGUGGCUCAUCCUCUUCACCCCCUGCUCCUACGUGUGCUGGUUCAGGCCCAUCUACAAGGCCUUCAAGACAGACAGCUCCUUCAACUUUAUGGCUUUCUUCUUCGUCUUCAUGGCCCAGGUGGUGAUUAGCAUUAUCCAGACUGUUGGCAUUCCAGGUUGGGGAGUGUGUGGCUGGCUGGCUACCAUCACCUUCUUCAGCACCAACAUUGGGUCAGCUGUGGUCAUGCUGAUUCCCACCAUUAUGUUCACUGCAGUGGCUGUGCUCUCCGUCAUUGCCCUCUCAAAGGUUCAUAACUUCUACCGCGGUAGUGGGGGCAGUCUGGGUAAGGCCCAAGAGGAGUGGACCACCGGGGCCUGGAAGAACCCCCACGUGCAACAGGCGGCUCAGCAGGCGGCCAUGGGCGCCGCGCAGGGAGCCAUACAGCAGGACCAGUACUCAGCAGCUCCCACCUACAACUACGACGACCCAAUGUAGGACAGAGGCGGGGCCAGACUGCCAAGUGGGAGAGAUAUAAAAAGGGAUCAAUUAACACAAAUCAGAACUAGGUGCCCUUCAUUAUGAUACUGUACAAGCUGAGUUCAAAACGAACAAUGUAGAGGAAAGUCAUAUUUCUUGUGGAAUUGUACUUUAUUGAAUUUUGAGUUAAUCCUUUUUAUAUUCCGUUCACAUUUAAAUCAGCCGGUUAUUAAAAAGCUUCUUCUUUUAAAUCUCUUAUGCUGCUCAAUUUUAGCUGGUCAGUGCGUGUGUUGCUUUUUAAUGGAGACACAUAAUAUAGCUAAUGCUAAUCCCCUGAGCUUCAUCAGUUUAUUUAGGUCGGUUCAUCUUUGGUCGACACAGGGUGACUUCUCUGCCUCCGCCUGUGUCACACUUUUAAAACACUCACUUUAAAUAUGUUUUAAGAAAAUACAACAGCUAUUUCAUUAGCAUGUCUACGUCACCAAAUGCUAAAACAAUUUUGCCCCUAGUUCUUAGCGUAGGUUAGCGUAAAGACUAUCCAAAUGUUACAAAAAAUAUACAUCUCAACGAAACGAGAUUUAAUAUGUUAAAUAGUGAUCAAAUAUUGAUUGAUUGGUGAGCUUUAAAUGUUUUUUUUGCAUUUGGACGAAGCCAAGAUGGUUAUUUCCAGUCUCAGUUCUGUGCUAACAGGCUAGUAGUCGGAUUUAUCAUACAGACAUGAGUGGAAUUGAUCUUUUCAUCCAAGUUUUAGCAAGAAAGCGAAUUAUUCCCAAAAUGAUUCCUUCAAAUUUGUGUGUAGUUAAACUUUGAGGCUUUUAUUUAGGAGAAACACUUUCCUUUCAAUAAAUAUCUGUAUUUUAACCCUAUUCUUUUAAUAGAGAAAGAAAAAGUUACAUUUGACCAAAAUCUUAAUCAGAAUCUAAAAAAAUAAGCCAACUGCAUUUUCAGCUUUUAAAUCCAGUAGAAACAGUUUACACUUCAUGUUUCAAUGACCUGCUUUAUUUUUUUCGAUUCCAUUAAAUUCUGAAAAAUGUCACAUUCUCAGGAAAUUUGUGAUAGCUGGUUUUAAAUUCUACACCUGUAAAGCCCUUAAAGUGUCAACGUCUCGGGCCGUUGUCUCCCUUCUUCACCACUAUUUAACCCGUCUGUGUUUUGGUGUGUUCGGUUUUGUCGUUACCUCCUGGUUUCGUGUUGAGCAGGUUGAUUUCAGUUAAAGGAAUUAUCAUAAUGAUUACAAUGAUCAAGUGAAGCACAUUCAGUAUUUAGGAUUGCAGUUCUUUGGAUAAAACAUUCCAAAGUCAUUGUUGUAUAGGUCAAAACGGACAGAAAACCAAAAUGCUUGCAGGCUGAACAAUACAGUAAAUAUUAAUAAUCAUUGUUGUCGGUGGUCAUAGCAUUGUAUGAAGUGAUGGAUGUUUCCUCCCUUGGCAAAUUCUUCCACUAAACCCCUACAUGUAAA